UAAGCAGAUUGUUGGAAAUCUAAAUGUUCACGAAAAAUCGAUCAAUAUCAUUCGGAACGUAAUUGCGAGAAAAACGUCUUCAAAAAUCCAUUGAUUAGUAAAUACAUUUGUAGAGAAACCUGGGGCAUAAAUGAAUCAAACGAUUUAUAUGAGAACUGUAUCGAAUAGAAUGGGGCCAACAGAAUGUUCAAAUUCCCUAAUGCCGACGAUGCCGUUUGUGGAUAACAAUAAUACACUUAGUGCAAAUAUAACGGAUUACAGUUGUUACGCCACAGAUUGUUGGUCCAACUUUUACGCCACAGAUCCCAUGAAACAAAUAGAAGCGUGUUUGCAAACGGCCGGCAAAGAUCGUUCUACGUUUAAACCGCUUGAUCGCAUUGACGCAAAGAUUUCUCAACCAGAGGCAAAUCGUUUGGCCAAUGAUAAAAGCCAUGCUUGCCAUGAGACGGCAAGAAGUACUAGCAGUAACGAUAACAAUAACAACAACAAUAACAAUAAUAGCAGCAACGGCCAUCAUGACGAAUCAAAUGGCAAUGGCCGCAGCGAUAAUACAAAUACUAACGCAAGUAUAAUCGCUCUUCCAGGCAGAGCUACAAAUAAAAAGUUAAGUAAAACGAAAAAAGAACUCUUAACAAACGGGAAAACCGAAGAUCAAAGCAUUAUCCAUCCGACAUUAGCUCAAGCGGUUGUUGUCUUAGAAACGAAAUCGUUAUGGGAUAAAUUUCACGAACAAGGCACAGAAAUGAUUGUAACUAAGUCCGGCCGUCGUAUGUUUCCCACAUUUCAAGUACGUAUUGGCGGCUUAGAUCCCCAAGCCACUUAUAUAAUGAUGAUGGAUUUUGUGCCAGUUGAUGACAAGCGUUAUCGUUACGCUUUUCACAACUCUAGUUGGGUUGUGGCAGGUAAAGCAGAUCCCAUAUCGCCGCCACGGAUUCAUGUGCAUCCCGACUCGCCAGCCCACGGUGCCAAUUGGAUGAAACAAAUCAUUUCCUUUGACAAAUUAAAACUAACGAACAAUCAACUUGAUGAGAACGGUCAUAUAAUACUGAAUUCAAUGCAUCGCUAUCAGCCGCGUUUUCAUAUUGUCUAUCUGCCAACGAAGAAUCCGUCAUUAAAUGAAAACGAACACUCCAGUCAUUAUCGGACUUUCAUAUUUCCAGAGACAUCGUUCACUGCUGUGACUGCAUAUCAAAAUCAGCGAGUCACACAAUUGAAGAUCGUAAGCAAUCCGUUUGCAAAGGGAUUCCGAGAUGAUGGUACUAAUGACGUAACAACGGGCAGCUUGAGCAUGCCGCAAAUAAAUCACGAAGGUCCGAGUAGAAUGAAACAAGUUAACAACAGCAAUCAACAAUAUAAGAGCACUCACAAAGAUACGAAUUUAGACAUUGAAAUGGAAAAUCAACAUAUAACAUUAGUAGCGGAAAAUUCAAAUGGUCCGGUAUUGGGUCAUAAUCAUAUUGGAAAUAGUGCUUCGUCUUCCUCUAAUGCCGGAACUUCUCCCGAUAUAAAUAAUUAUCAAUGCUCAUCGGCAAGUAAUUGCACGCUUUUGAACCCGUUAACGAACAGUAACGGUGGCGGUGGCGGUGGCGGCGGCGGCGGUCCCGGUGGUAGUAUUUCACCGAAGACAGAUCAAUCACAUCAUAGCGCCAAUUCGUCACCCUUUGGUCUAAGUCACCAUCAUCGGAACGCGAAUGCGAUGUGCAUCAAUUCAAAUGUACAAACAACGGAUGUGAUGACUGCUCAUAGUCAACAUUAUAUGCAAAAUUCGACGCAAACGCAUAGCCACCACCAUGCAACGAUGCCAACGAAUAUUUAUUCACCCAUUGCUCAACCAUAUGCCAGAGAUAAUAGCAAUUUUGGUCCCGUCUACCACCACAAUCCAUACUACCAUGCCCAUGGCUAUACAAGUCCGUAUGAUAAAAUCAAAGUUUCCAGUCAUAUGCGUCAAAAUACAGGCAAUACCGUCAACGAUGCAACCGCGACUGGUGCAACUACAACGGUCACUUCGUACGGUCUGGGUGGCUAUCAAACGUUAUAUAGUUCAUCGCAUCAAAUGAUGCGACCAAAUGGUUAUAUAGACUUAGUACCUAGAUAGAAUUAUUUC